AUGGCUACAUUGUCAAGAUUAAAUAAAAUAGCCCUUUUGGGAUUAGGUGCGGUUGGUGGAGGCCUAGCGUAUUAUCAGAUGGGAAGAUCUGAAAAGCAGUACGAUGUACACAAUUCCUGGACAACGAAUUACACACCCAGUGUUAAGUGGGACAAGAAUUGGGAUCACCGGGAACCAGAGUCAAUAGUUCGACCGAAGAGAUCAGAUAAACCUGAAGAUGAGAAUAAAUACAAUGAACAAAUUGAAAAGGCAAAGAGCAAAGCUGUUCGGCACUUGUUCUUAAUACGACACGGACAAUAUAAUACUGAAGGUUUAACUGAUAGGGAGAGAAUAUUAACAGAAUUAGGAAGGCAACAGGCAGAUCUGACGGGUAAAAGAUUAUCAUGUCUGGACAUACAAUGGGAUUUGCUUGUUAGAUCAACAAUGACAAGGGCUCAAGAAACAGCUAGUAUUAUAGCGAAGCAUCUACCAAAGGAUAUAGAAGUGACCGAUUGUCAGUUGAUAGAAGAAGGGGCACCGAUACCACCCGAACCACCGGUCGGACAUUGGAGACCUGAACCUAAAAUGUAUCAGCAGUUCUUCCAGGACGGUGCUAGAAUAGAGGCAGCCUUUAGACGAUACUUCUACAGAGCACCUCCCGAACAAACAAAAGAUUCUUAUACCCUACUGGUCUGCCAUGCAAAUGUUAUACGGUUCUUUGUUUGCAAAGCUCUUCAGUUCCCUCCGGAAGGCUGGCUUCGGAUUUCUCUUAAUCACGGUUCAAUAACCUGGAUAUCAAUUCUACCAUCUGGGAAUGUUGUUUUACGCUGUCUCAGUGAAACGGGACAUAUGGAACCUAAGUAUAUCACCAGCCGGUAA